CGUGUCCUACAGCUAACAGGAGUGGAGGGCUCAAUAGAUUCCCUGAGGAUACCGUUCAGAAGGACGGGAUAUGCAUUUGGAUAACUUCAUGGAUACUUUAUGUGAAGUGAGAAUAAUCCAUUCUCCAUGGCUUGGCUCAAUUGGCAGUUACAUUCCUGGUCAAACAUAAAGGGCAGACUCUAAGCCUCACGGAUUACUUACUACAACAAGUUAAACAACAUCAGACCCUGUCCUCUGGAGCGAGGUCCACCAAGAGGCUCUGUUCUGUGGAGAUAACUUCACCAAGGGGCCUCAACUGACAGGCUCUGUGGUCCUUCUGAGUGAGCUCCACCGGGAGUUCUCUGACCAUGAAGGACCGCCUGGGGGAGCUGCGUCAGAGGGCCCAGGGUUUUCUGGAUGCGAGCAGCGAGGCAGAUGAGACCUCAUUCCCUGAGGAAGAUGCUGACCCAGAUGCCCCGUUGGGGGUUAGGGUCGCCACCCCGCAGGAGGCUGUGGUGUUCGAGGAAGAACCGGUCCUGGACAACUUCCUGUCCGAGGCUCAGCAUAUCCGCGGUGACAUCACUGAGCUGGAAACGGAGGUGAAGAAGUUUAGCCAGCAACAAAGAACCCUGGUGGCGACCAUGCGUCGUUUCAGUGUGAUGAAGAAGGACAGUGGUGUGACGAGGGACAUCAAGCAGCAAGCAGAGAGCAUCCAUAGACGGCUGGACGCCCUCUCCAAGAAGGCACAGAGUUUAGAAGACCUGCAGGGACCGGCUACAGCUGCUACACGCAUUCAACGCUCCCAACACGCAGCGCUACUAAGACAAUUCCAACAGGUGAUGCGUUUGUAUAACGACUCCAUCCUCAGUAAACAGGAGCGUUGUAAAAACUUCAUCAUCCGCCAGCUGGAGGUGUCUGGUCGCGACGUCACCGAGGAGGGAGUAGAUGAAAUGGUUGCCACAGGGAAGUGGGAGGUGUUUAACCAGAACCUCCUCAACGACGAACGAAUCACACGCUCUCAGCUGUCCGAGAUCGAGCAGAGACACAAGGAGCUACUGAAUCUGGAGAGUAACAUGAAGGAGCUGAGAGAUCUGUUCAUGGAUAUCUUUAUGUUGGUGGAGGAGCAAGGAAGCUACAUAGACAACAUUCAGACCAGCGUAGAGAAGACACAGGACUACGUCACCGUCACUAACGAGAAGUUUAAAAUGGCCGCCAAGUACAAGAAGAAGAACCCUCUAAGGAGGCUGUGCUGCUGUUGCUGCCCCUGGAGGUGCUGCACAUAGAGAAGGGACAAGUCCCCUGGACACUGGAGAUACCCCUGGAGGUUUUUCAGAUGGGGAGAGGAAGAGCUCUGGUGUGGAGAGUCUACAGGUAUGGGAGGGAAAGACUCUAGGGUGGCAUGGCAGAACAGUGUUCAGAGAAGAUUAUAAGAAUCAUGAAUGCAAAAAUCAGCCCAUUACAGUGGUCAGAAAUCAUCCAGGAACAAUAGGAUUCUAAGAGGCUGUUGAAGCAGAGUGGGAGUCAGUGUCUCCCCUUCUGAUGGACUACUGUAACUCAAGACAUAAUUCACUUUCAGAAUAAGCAAGACUGUUUAACUGCACAGAAGUAUUCACAAUGUGGAAACAGAUUGAAUUUUACUUUCAUUAAUCGUUGCAAGUAUUUAUUUUAAGUACUAGUUUUUGUAUUUACUCAAACUUUGUGUGUAUGUACAAUACAUAUGAAUGUAUUUACCUGAGAGUUUCACUUCAAAUCAGGCAGGCUCAAUGAGAAAUGUGUUCUAUUUCAAGAUUUCACUGUGAAUUAAGACAUUUCACGUUGGGUAUGCUUUUGUACUUCCUAAUGAUAACUUUUAUUUUGUUAAGGCCAGUUGCCAUUUCAGAAGCUCUAACACAGCUGAACAGGAACUAGGAUUUAGCUAGGUAGCCAUACUGGGAUUUGUAUUUGUAUUUGUAUUUAUUAUGGAUCCCCAUUAGCUGCUGCCAAGGCAGCAGCUACUCUUCCUGUGGUCCAGCAAAAAUUAAGGCAGUAAUAUACAUUAUAACACAAUUGAGAUAUGGCCUGAGGUAGCUGUUCCAUAUUCAACAAUAUAGAGCCUCCAAAGGUUUCAACAAUUUAUAAGCUUCCUGACUGUUCAAAUUCCAAAGAGAGGUUACCCACAGGUCUACAUAUGCCUGCUUAUCCACUUUCCAUCACAAUCCCUUAAAAACCAUCUGGAGUACGUUCAACUGUUUCGGUGUAGCAACCCUGCCACUGAGUGGUCACUGAAAUAAGUGCAGUGGAAAGCAGACAUUUGGUCCACAGCUGUAUGUUGUGUUUCAAACAGUACUGUAAAAAUAACAUUAUCCCUGCCCGAAAUACUCACAGAAGGACAGGCUUGUUAGCGA